AUGACGAUUCUCGACCUGCAAUCGGAUCUGUGCACGCUCUUUGAGGAGCAAGCGAGGUCCACACCUUCCCUGCCAGCACUCGAAGAUGCCACGUCAACAUGGACCUACGCAUCGCUGGAAGAAGCGACGGGAGUGUUUGGACACACGCUGCAAACGCAGUACAAGGUGGCAAGGGAUGAGCUGGUAGGCAUCUUGAUGGAUCGAGGAGCGCACAAUGUCAUCGCAUCCUUGGCUGCUUUGCGAGCGGGAGGCGCCUUCCUCAGUCUCGAAUUGGCUUAUCCCGACGCGCUGCUGGGGGAUGUGGUGGAGGAUGCCAGACCGCGGGUGAUCCUCACCCAAGCCGCUCACAAGCACAGACUCACAAAGCUCGGCAUCAAUGUCCCCGUCAUUGCUAUCGACCAACUUGCCCCCGACGACGCGUUCAAGGGCUCAGCUAGACCAGCCAAAUCGCCCAAGGUGGGACAAGAGGACGAUCUGGACAGAUUGGCAUUCGUCUCCUACUCUUCCGGCACGACUGGCAAACCCAAAGGCAUUGCCAAUCCUCAUCGAGCAGCAGUCGGCUCUUAUGAUUUGCGCUUUGGCCUUUGCAACCUGCAAAAAGGCGAUCGCGUGGCAGCCAACGUCUUUUUCAUCUGGGAAAUGCUCAGACCGCUGUUCAGAGGGGCUACAUGCGUGGCCGUUCCCGAUGCUGCCUCUUACGACCCCGAGCUUCUGGUCGAUUUCCUCACCGCGCGCAGCAUCACCGACACGCUCUUCACGCCCACUCUGCUUGCCACCGUCUUGGCUCGCUAUCCCGAUCUGGGAGAAAAGCUGCCGACAUUGACGAGCAUCUGGCUCAAUGGAGAAGUUGUGCCUUGGGACUUGUGUCGCAGAACACUGGCCACCCUUCCGCAUGCCCGGUUGCUCAAUGUCUACAGCGCCUGCGAGACGCAUGAAGUGGGCGCUGGAGAUGUCGGGGAGAUGAUGAAGCAGAUGCGAAUCGCUUUCGAAGUGCAAGAGAAUGCUGCCGAUGGGUCUGGCGGCAACAACGGAGUGUGCCCCGUCGGACCUUUGCUGGAUCCCGACAACGCAUACAUCCUUGAUCCGGAUGGCAAACCUGUCGAGCAAGGCGGCAUCGGAGAACUCUGCGUGGGCGGUCCUCUGCUCGCUACCAGAUACCUCAACCUGCCAGACAUGACCAUCAAGGCGUUCGUCCAGAAUCCCUUUGCCAAACCCAACUCGCCAUUCCAACGAAUGUACAGGACGGGAGAUGCGGCUAGACUGGUGCAGCCAGAAAAUGGAGCAGGGGCUCCGCUGCUCGAAGUUACGGGAAGAAUUGGGGGAAUGAUCAAGACGAGGGGUUACACGGUGCAACCUGGAUUGGUAGAGGCUGCCAUUGUGGCCCACAUGCAGGUGAGAGCCUGUGCCGUUGUGGGGCACGGCGAAGGUCUAGAAAAGAGGUUGGUGGCGUACGUCGUCAAGGAUGAUUCCUCCAAGCACGAAGCAUCUCAGGAUGGGCUCAAGCGCACUGCUCUCAACAUCCACGCUGCCGGCUACAGUCCAGAGGCAAGAAGAGCUCUAGCGGGUCAUUUGGCCCACUAUAUGAUCCCUUCCGUCUGGAUCGAGAUGGACGUGCUACCCACCCAUGCAGUCUCUGGCAAGAUUGACCUGCGCGCUUUGCCAAAGCCGCCGCCUACCAGACCUGCUACGCCCACCACGCCCACCAGGCCCGGCACUGGAGAAGGCAGCAAACUUCCGAGCGGAGCGCAGACGCCGUCCGUCAAGGUCACCUCGGAAGCCAUUGCCGAGGCUUGGUCCGCAUCUCUGGGUCUUCCGCUGGAUGCCUGCAACGGCCCUGGACACACCUUUUUCGACUUGGGAGGUCAUUCCCUGAGCUUGGCCGACCUAGCAGGCAGAUUGACCAGACUAUUUGGUUUCUCAGUUCCUGUCGCUCCGCUCGCCGCCAAUCCUUCGAUCGAAGGUCACAUGCAGACCGUGGUAGCUGCGAGGGAUGGACACUUGUCCGCCCUCAAUGCGGAUCUGCCAGCCAUGCUUCGGGCAGACUCGGCGCUGGAUGACGAGGUUCGCCCAACAGGCCCGCAGUUCGCCUCUCUACGCCAGAUCAAGAGCGAUCGGGUCAGGGAUCAUGCAGAACCGCAAAGCAUCUUGCUGACUGGAGCUACUGGCUUUUUGGGAGCUUUCCUCAUUCGCUCCCUCAUCGAACAGAGGCCCAACGCCAAGAUUUUGUGUCUGGUCCGAUUCCCAACGCCGGAAAAUGGCAUGCAAUCGGCCGGAUUGGCGCGCAUCAGGAGCAACCUGAUCGAUCUGGGUCUUUGGCACGACAGCCUUUUGGACCAGAUCGAGGUGCUGCCAGGAAACAUCUCCAAACCCCUCUUUGGCAUGGAUCAGGUCAGUUUCGACAAACUGGCGGAAAGGACGGAUGCGAUCGUGCAUGCGGCUGCUACGGUCAAUUUGGUGUACCCCUAUGCGGCUCUGCGCGAGCCAAACGUGCAAGGCACGCAAGAGAUUCUCAGGCUCGCUUCCCUCGGCGGCGCCAGCGUCAUCCACAUUUCCUCCAACGGAGCUCUGCCGCCCUCUUCGGAAGGUCAAAAGUGGCGAGAAGAUGCGACGCUGGCUUUGGAAAAGGUGCACAGCGAAAUUCCGGACGGAUAUGGUCAGACCAAGUGGGUAGCUGAACAGUUGGCACAUCAGGCACGAGCGAGGGGCUUGCCCGUCACCAUCAUUCGACCUGGAACGCUCUCGGGUUGCUCCAAGAGUGGAGCUUCCAACCAGUGGGAUAUGCUGAAUGCUAUCAUCGUCGAGGCUCUGCGCAUGAAGGUUGCUCCUCUGAUCGAAGGGUGGAAGACGGAAAUGACGCCAGUGGAUUAUGUGGCAGAUGCCAUCGCUGCGAUAGAUGUGGAGUUUGAGAACGUCGAAAGCUCGGACGCCUUGGCUCCCGUCUUGCACCUGUGCAACAGCGAUCCUCCGCUCGCUGCCAGCGUGUUCGAUAUGCUCCAACGCUUGGGCUACUCGACGGAAAAGAGACUAGAGUGGGAAAUGUGGGUCUCAAAGUGGAGAGCUGGAGCGACGCUGUUGGCCGCUAGAUCCAACAACAGCACCAACAAGUUGCCCUUUUGCACCGAGAUCCUUCGAGGAAGUCUACCUACAGUGGACACGCUGCGAUUGGUGCCCAUCUUGGACGAUUCGAAAUCUCGAGGCAUUUUUGAAAAGGCUUUGGGGUAUGAGAAACCCAAGAUAGACGAGGCGCUUUGGCAGACUUAUACGAGACACUUUUACGCUAGGGGUUGGUUGCCCCAUUCGCCUACGCGCUCGUCGACUGGACCGACGGCCUGCACGAUCCCACCUCGGUCAUCGCUCAGCGGAAUCAGCACCCCGUCCACUGGUUACCAGCAUGUCGGAAGAUUGGCUGGCAAAGUGGCGGUGGUGACUGGCGCCUCGUCGGGCAUCGGCGCUGCUGUAGCGCUCGCCCUCGCCAACGAAGGAGCUUCGGUCAGCCUAGCUGCUCGACGCACCUCGGCUUUGCAAGGUGUCAAAGCUAGAGUGGAGAGCGUGGGUGGUAAAGCUGUGAUCUGUCAGACGGACGUGACCUCCAACGAACAGGUCAAGUCGCUAUUCGAGGAGACAAAGGAGCGGUUGGGAGAGGUGGACAUUGUGGUCAGUUGUGCUGGAGUGAUGUACUUCACCAUGAUGCACAAUGUCCAGACGCAGCAGUGGGAUCAGACGGUGGAUGUGAAUUGCAAAGGGUUGCUGCACAUCCUCGGCAACAUUGUCCCAUCCAUGCUCUCGCGCAAAGCGGGUCACAUUGUGGCCAUCUCUAGCGAUGCUGGACGCAAAGUCUUUCCCGGCUUGGGCGUCUACUCUGCAAGCAAAUUCUUCGUGGAAGCGACGCUGCAGAGCUUGAGGUUGGAGACGGUGGGAAGCGGGUUGAAAGUUACCAGCGUUCAACCUGGCAAUGUGGCCACGGAUCUGCUCGGUAUGAGCAGCGAUAAAGAGGCUUUGGAAAAGUAUGGAACGCCAACUGGCGCAAAGGUGCUGGAGCCAAAGGACGUUGCUAAUAGCAUCGUGCACGCCCUCUGUCAACCUGAACACGUUUCUGUCAACGAAAUUCUCGUGGAACCUAGAGACGAGCCCAUCUAA